AACUAUAUUUCUUUGUCAUGCAUUUCAAAUUCUGUCUAUCCUCUUUGAAACCACAAAUUGUCUCAACAAAUUCCCAACUUCUCAAACAUGAAUCUCUUUCCAAGUGGAACAUUGAUAGUGUUGAAAUAGAAAGGCGCAACACACUCAUAGAUAUCAGUAACACUAAUUAUACUUCCGAGAAACUUGAGGUGGUUAGGUAUGGACUUAAGAAUGUUAAUGAAAAUUCAUUGAAAGGUUUGUACAUGGUUGAUGCCAUGCAACGACUAAAUAUUGAUUACCACUUUCAAGAAGAAAUUGAAGCAUUCAUAACAAGAAAAUAUAUGAGUCCUCAUUGCGAUCUUCAUGAAUCCGCACUUCGCUUCAGACUAUUAAGACAACAAUGUCACUUUGUUUCUUCAGAGGUGUUUAACAAGUUCAAAAAUAAAAAGGAAACGUUCAAUACAAAAUUAGGUGAAAAUAUCAAAGGAAUGAUAGAUUUGUUUGAAGCCUCUCAUCUAAGCAUGGAAGGGGAAGAUAUACUUGAUGAAGCUGAAGAAUUUAGUAGGACGAUCCUAAAUGAAAAAUUGGCACAACUUGAUAAUGAUCAUGAAGCUAUGUUUGUAAGGAGAACAUUAGAAUAUCCUUUUCACAAAAGCUUACCUUUGUUCAAUGCUAGAAAUUUCAAAGGUCACUUAUAUGGCACAAAUGCAUGGUUUGGUUCUUUGCAAGAAUUGGCAAAAAUAGAUUUCACUGUGCGGCAACAAUUAUACCAUCAAGAGAUUGCUCAAAUUUCCAAAUGGUGGAAAGAACUUGGUUUAGCCAAUGAGUUACCUUUCAUUAGAAAUCAACCUCUUAAAUGGUACAUUUGGUCAUUGGCAUGCCUCAUAGAUCCUACCUUAUCCAAAAAAAGAAUUGAGCUCACAAAACUAAUAUCUUUAAUUUAUAUAAUUGAUGAUAUUUUUGAUAUUUGUGGAACUUUGGAUGAGUUAACUCUUUUCACCGAAGUUGUUUCUAGUUGGAAUAUUGACACGGCUAUGGAGAUACUACCAAAUUAUAUGAAAACAUGCUUCAAGGUUCUUUAUGAUCAAACAAAUGAAAUAAGCUUCAACAUCUAUCAAAAGCAUGCAUGGAACCCCAAAGAUUCAAUUCGAAACGCAUGGGAGAGUUUGUGCAAAGCCUUCCUAGUUGAAGCAAAGUGGUUUGCUUCAGGGAAGUGGCCAAGUGGUGAAGAAUAUUUAAAGAAUGGGAUAGUAAGUUGUGGAGUGCAUGUAGUGUUGGUUCAUCUUUUCUUUCUUUUAGGUAAAGGAUUAACCAAACAAAAUAUUGAAAAAUUAGACACAAUCCCACCCAUUAUGUCAUCUCUUGCUACAAUUCUCCGACUUUGGGAUGACUUAGGAGAUGCAGAGGACGAGAAUCAACAAGGAAAAGAUGGAUCAUAUGUGAGUUGUCUAAUGAUGGACCAGCCAGAGUAUUAUUGUAAGAGAAAAGCAAGAAACGAGGUUAUGAGUAAAAUAUGCAAUGCAUGGAAAAGCCUCAACAAAGAGUGUCUAUUUGAUAGUCAUUUCAAUAGAGAAUUUAAAAUUGCUUCACUCAAUCUUGCAAGGAUGGUACCACUGAUGUAUAGUUAUGAUGAUAAACACUCCCUUCCACUGUUAGAGGAUCAAAUACAUUCUUUACUUUAUGAUCAAGUUUAAUCUAUUAUUAAUAUAUAAAAGUAAUAGUACUUGGAAAUUCCAGUAAAAGCCUUCUGAUAAAUAAAUUGAAACUUUUCUUAUUCCACGGGUAUAAAAGUUUUUGUCAAAAUAUUACAAUAAUAUUGAUUUGGUAUUUAUUGCUGCUGAUGUGGCAGACUCUAAUUUUUUGUUGAUUAUUUAUUUUUCGUAAUUCAUUAUUUUUUGGCUUCAAAUCUACACGUUAAAUGGUUAAACCCUAAAAUUUAUUUCAUCAUUGAAUGGAUACGUUUUCUAUACGGUAUAUAUCACAACCAACAAUGGCAUAUCAGUAUUCACUUUCUCUUUUACAGGUUUGAAGCUUCUUCUCCAUUUUUGUUUUCUAUUAAUUUGUACGAUUUGGUAUUUGCCAAGUGAAAUCUUUUUUCCUCUUGCAGCUAUUUAAUCAUUCCCAUGACUCGCCCUAUCGAUUCUGUGAAACACAUCAAUAAGUUGAAGGAUUUGUGGAAGUUCUUAUAUCAUGCAGAAUUUCAAAGUUUCGAAAAACGACUUCUUACGUUUUAUGUGGAUCAACUUCUGUUAAGAAAUCAGACCUUCCUGACAUUCCUGCUUAUUACCUUAACCUUCUUGGAUUAGAUGACAUAGUUGAAGGAAGAUUUCAUUCUAAUGUUUUGGUUGGCUCCACCAUUCUUGAUGAUGAGGUGGGAAGAGCUUUUGUUGCGGCAAUCUGUAAGGAAGCCUUCUAUAAGGAAGCCUUCUAUGUGAGAGGUGCACACCUUGAAUGGAUAUUAAUAAUUACCCUUUAGUUUUUUAAUAAAGUUUAUCUUCCAACUUGUCUUUUCAAAUAUAUGGUCUUUAAUAUCUCUUUCUUUUAAUGAGUAGUUGGUAUUGGAAGUUACAAUAAUUAUUUCCCAAUAAUCCUUCAUUAUAUACCUAAUAUAUUUAAUUACUUGAAUAUUAUCAUCAUUACGUUUUUUUUUCACUUUAACUUAACAUUAUACCAAAUAUAUUUAUACCAUAAUUAUUAAUUACAUAAUAUUAACGAUUAAACUUCUCAAACCAACCGUCAAACUAUCUCUUCAAAAUUCCAACAAAUUAGAACAUAAAAU